AUGGGGAGCACCUUUCCCGAGCGAAAGUAUGACAUUAACCAUCAAUGGCCAACUCCUCAUGCUAGACAGGCUUUGCAGGCGUGGAGCAAGCUCAACUCUCAUAUCAAAUCCGGGACUGUCCACAUAGAUGGCAAGACUUUGGAUGUGGCAGCUGUCGUCGCUAUCGCAAGGAACGGUGUGCGUUUGGCCCUCUCUGAGGACCCUAGUAUCAUCCAGCGAGUCGAAGCGAGCGUCGAGACCUUACAAGAUUACCUAUCGAAGGGAUAUUACCUCUACGGCGUCAACACCGGAUUCGGAGGUAGCGCAGACACACGCACCACGGACUUAUACGGAUUGCAGCGCGCCUUGAUGCAACACACCCAAAGCGCUGUUCUGACCAAGGAAGACAAAACAGACUCUCCCAGCAGCCAUGAAUACCUCGAGUCUCACAGCAUGCCAAGCGCAUGGGCAAGAGCCAUGACAGCUAUUCGCUGUAACGCCAAUAUUCGCGGCCACUCGGCCAUGACCCGCAACAUCGUGGACUCGAUGAUUAAACUCUUGGACAAUGAUAUCGUGCCAAUCGUGCCCCUGCGCGGCUCCAUCUCAGCCUCCGGAGAUCUGAUGCCUCUGUCAUACCUCUCUGGAACUAUCCAGGGAAACCCAGAUGUCUAUGUGCGUGUCGGAGGUCGUAAGGGUGCACCUCGCGUCAAAUCUGCACAGCAAGCCCUCUACGAGGCUUCUAUUGAGCCUAUCGUCCUGGGACCUAAAGAGGGUCUAGCGCUGAUCAAUGGAACCGCUGCGGCCGCCGCCGUGGCCAGCUUGGGUCUUUAUGAAGCCAACCAGCUCGCGCUCGUCUCACAAUUAUUGACUGCCCUUCUCUCCGAGGCGCUUUAUGCCAACAACGAAUGGGCCCACCCAUUCGUGGCUGCGGCACGCCCACACCAAGGUCAAAUCGAGGCUGCUCAGAACAUUCGAACUUUCCUAAAGGGCUCGCGGUUGUCAUAUGGUCUAGAGCAGAGCAAAGACCGCUUCUCUGAGGGGCUGGCCCAGGAGCGGUAUGCGCUACGCAGCUCACCACAAUGGCUAUCGCCACAGCUAGAGGACCUCCUCAGUGCCGAGAAGCAGCUUGUGACAGAGCUCAAUUCUACCUCUGAUAACCCUGUCGUCAACAGCGAAGACAAUGAUAUCCAUUCUGGAGCCAAUUUCCAGGCUGCAGCUGUCACUUCUGCCACGGAGAAGAUUCGUUUGGCUUUGCAGUCGAUUGGCCGCAUGCUAUUCAGCCAGGUCAGCGAGGUGAUCAAUCACGAUUUGAGCAAUGGCCUUCCUCCUAAUUUGGCCGCCGAUGAUCCCAGUCUUUCUUUCUGCUUGAAGGGGAUCGACGUCAACACCGCUGCCUACACUUCUGAGCUGGGAUUCUUGGCCAAUCCAGUUAGUAACCACGUCCAGUCUGCUGAGAUGCACAACCAGGCCAUCAACUCGCUCGGUCUUCUCUCCGCACGUCAGACGAUGGCUGCAGUUGAAUGUCUGUCAUUGAUUGUCGCCAAUGCACUCUACACUGGAUGCCAGGGGGUGGAUCUACGCACGCUUCAUCGUACCUUUAUUGCAAGCAUUGAGGAGCCUACCCGCAAACUCGUGGCCGGUCUCUUCCCCGAUGCUCAUGACCUUGUGGCCGAGGAAAAGUUCUUCACCAAGUUUUGGAAGCAAUUCGAAGACGCUUGGUAUGAUGCCGCAGUAUACGAUGCUGCCGAACGCGCGCAGAAGGCCGCACAGUCACUAGCCAUGGCUGUCUUCACCAACUCCCAGCAGAUCCCGACGAUCGUCUCCGUCGAAACGGUGACCAGCUUGACCAAGUCCUUCGAGACCCUCAUCCUUGAGUCAUAUCUGCGCCACCGUGAUGCAUUCUUCCAGAGGCCAACCACCGCUGAGUAUCUCGGCCAAGGCACAAAGGCUGUUUAUCUUUUCGUCCGCGAGAAGCUAGGCGUGCCUUUGCACCGGGGUCUCGUGGAGCAUCCUGUGGCAGGAGACAAGCAAGGAAAUGUGAUCGAUGGCCGUCCCAAGAGGACUAUUGGCUCUUGGGUGUCGAUAAUUUAUGAGGCGGUUCGGGAUGGGUCGUUGUAUGGUGAAGUUUUCCAGUUUCUGGAAGUCGGUGGAGGAGUUAGUGUGUCUGGUGGUGUUAAUGGAACGAAGGCUGCAAAUGGGCUCAAUGGGAAUGGUACUCACUAA